AUGCCUCAAUCCUUACAAUUCUAUCAAGGUUAUCCAAAUGGUCCUACCAAAAAUGGCAAUUUCAAUGCGACUGCUUGUGAAAUUGGUUUGGGUAUAACCUCCAAACAGCUCAUUAGUUGGUAUUCUGUUUGUAAAGAAAUAUUUGCUAAACCGGAAUUCGAUCUGUUUGAGCGUAUCAAGUCUGGUGUUGUUGACCUUAGAAACGAUGUUGCAUUGAGUUUACGCCUUACAAUACAUCUUCGCCAAACGCUCACUAGCGAGUUUGUAACAGAGUUUGAUGCUAUCGAUGCAAUAUAUCAUGGAUGGGUUGAUAAUGCCUUGAAAGCUAUUAUUCGCCAGGCGAAGAAUCAUGUUUCUCGACAAGGCGUUCGACAAGGCGUUCGACAGCCAGCUGGCUCGAAUCCAGUAACAGGCAAAUCCGCAUCGCCAAGCCCCAGGCCUGGGCCCUCAACUAUACAUGUUUCUCAAUCAUCACAAUCUAUCCCGUGUGUCAAGGUUGAGACUGCAACUGAUACCAACAGCAAAGUUACAGCGAAUGAGAUUACAGUAAAUAUACAUUAUCUCAAUGACCCACGCAGAACACACAAUGAUCAUCUUCUCACAUUUGUUCACGAGGAUUCUGCACAAAAGCCACUAGCCCUUCUACAAGGGAAGGAUUUCGAUUUUCAGCUAUUUAUCGAACUUGUUAAAAACUUUAACGAGAGCCGACUUCACUUCAAUCCAGAGACUGAUAAUCUCUUCGCAUACCCACCAGACAUCAAUGAUAAUAUUGAUUCCCAGUCUAAAGAUAACUCGAAAGUUGAGGCUGUACCAAUUGAGUAUCCAAACGACUUUCGGUUCUUGGUUCAGAACGUUCUGAAUGCUAAUCUAUCGAUAAUAAAUUUUGAGGUACGACCGAAGUCUUUAGCAUCAACACGUUUGGGUUCCCUUGAAGAAGAUCAAGUUGAGAGUUCUGUAAAGGAGUUAUUGAAUUCAGAUAUUGAUACUGAUAGAACGAGGCGAUCAAACACGCAUGCUAUAUCCCCAAAUUUGGAUAACACCGAGCCGAACUUGGAUGAUGGACGCUCAAAACAAUCCGAUUCAGAGUUAGUGUUAGACACAAACGAUCUAGAACCAUCUGAGCCGGAUUCAGGCCCUAUACGCUCCUUAUUACCUCAAAGAGCCCGAAAACACAGUAGGCCUUUAAGCUCUGCUAGCCCCAGCCCUGUUCGCAAUCAGCGCAGACGUGAAAAGGGAAAGGAAAGGGAGAUUGACAGUAAUACUCCUGAUAUAUUCUUUACUCCUCAAUCAUUGAAAGAUUCAGGAGAUUCGGCUGAGUCUACAAAAAAUAGACCAGAUGUCGAUGCGCCAAGUAGUAGUAGCGACCAGGGGUUUCCUACUGGCGAGACAAUUGAUUUCGCUAAACUGUAUGUUUUCGAAAAGAAUAACAAUGAAAGGCCGGGGCAGGAGAAGGAGGAAGCAGAUGAUGAAUUUGAGAUUCGUUUAAGGAGAUGGAAGGAGAAUGAGGUUGAUAUAAUAACUCAAAGGAUGCAAGCGCAACUUGAGAGUAAUGUGUGCGAACAACUGGACGAGAAUAAAUGGUCCGAGACAUGUACUAUCCUCGGCCAUCCUAAAGAGAUGAUUGAAUCUAAAUUUUGUGUUAAGAUUGCUGGAAUGGCACGUCGGCUACUACCUUGCCAAGCACAUGCAGUUGUGCGAACAUUAAUGAUGUGGAACUCUAAUGUUCACUCCACAUUUCAUGCUCAUGCUAUGGGAUUAGGAAAAUCAACAAUCACACUCGCUACCUGCCAUAUCCAGCAUUUGAUCAAUUGCAUGUACGAUGACAUAUCUCGGGAGCCUCAAAAACAUCUUUCGAGCCAUCGCAUCAUUCAAGACAAUCGUAUAUGCCCAUCGAAUGAUCAGGUACGCAAACAAUAUGGUCUCGAUUGUCCAUGUACAAAAUCUCAUCCUAUAUCGAAAAUUAAACCAUCACUCGGGAUUCAUAUCAUUAUUGCACCUCUGGGCUUAUUAACAAACUGGCAAAAUGAAUGGAAUUCAUGUUACGAAAAAGAGAAUCCAUUCGGUAUGCAACUGGUUAUUGCCCACAGGAAUUUCAAGGCUGAAGAGAACAUCUCGAUAGCAAAUCGCAAACUUAUGCUCGCAGAUAUAGAACUUGGAGAAGCCGAUGACCGUCAUCCUCAUCCUAUCUGCAAACCGAAUAUCAGAAAUAGCCGCAUAGUUUGUGUAACAACAUCGCACUCUUUGCAACAACAGUUGAUUGAGAAGUUUGAGAGGAUAAUAUCGGUUCCAUAUCAUUCAGAAGGAAGCCUCGCAACAAGAUCAGAUGGAUCAAUAUAUACAACAAAACCGAAAGUUGUAUAUGAUCAUUUUCCAUCCAUUCCAUUAGUUGUCUCAUCACUAUGGAGAGAUGAGGCACAUGCAGAGAAAUUGCCUACAUCGAAAACAAUCCAGCACCCUACGCUCAAUACCUUUUGCCAUGAUGAAAUGACUGAACUUGGAAAAUCAUGGGAUAAGAAGGUUAAGCAAGGCAAUGCUGAUGAAGAAGCUAGUCGAGAAUGUGUCAAUAUACUACGGCCUGUUAUUGAGGCGACUACUCUCCGAUUUGACCCUGAUUCGAAUUUCCUUGGAGCAGGACCUGUUGUCUUAUUGCCUCCGAAUCGGUAUCUCGAGGUUGUAUGCAAUCACAAUACAAAGUGGAGCGAUAGACUUUUGAAACAGCGUGAGGAGGAGAAUGCUGAAUACGAACAAAAGGAAAAAACGCGUUACGCAAUCCAUAUGAGACGGGAAUUAAAGGCUAAUGACUACGUCCCUCUCAAGCGUGAACAUACUCAUGCAUAUUAUCGUUCCCGUGUAUUUGCAAGUUUCCCUUUCUUAAUGGAUAUUAGCCAACUUGAAGGAGAAAAUCCGCCAUUACGGUUUACCGAAAAGGAAUGGAGUGAACGUCACAAACUCAAAGAAGAUAAUGUGGCAGAAGAUGUAGUAGCUUGGAAUGAUACAACCGAUCCAUGCUUCAACAAUUGCAAUUGGACUGCUGGAACCAUGGGGAAUAAGAACAAGGAGACCUUUUCUUGGCUAUACUAUAUCGAGAAUAAUGAACGAGAGAAUACGAUUCGACAACGAAACCAUGUUCGGAAGGGGAUUACUGGGGCACUGGAAAGAAAGGUUAUUGACUCCAAGUUUACUGAAAAUAAACAAGCCAUGGGGGACAACUAUGAGCAGGCCUGGCAAAUAGAUUGA